AUGGUGAAAUCAACAAUGUCAGCUAUGCUAGUAUUGGUGCUGCAUCUUUUUGUUCUUCAUCUUCAAUAUUCAGAGGUUCAUUCGCUUGCCAAUACCUCUGCUCAUGAUUUUAGCUACUUGGAAUUUGUUUACGAUGCCAAUGACACAGAGUUGGAAGGAACAUACGACUACAUUAUUGUUGGUGGAGGAACAGCAGGGUGUCCAUUGGCAGCAACUUUGUCAGCAAACUACUCGGUGCUUGUUCUGGAAAGGGGCACUCUUCCUACAGAAUAUCCAAACCUGUUGACUUCAGAUGGGUUUAUAUAUAAUCUGCAGCAAGAAGAUGAUGGACAGACACCAGUCGAAAGGUUCGUGUCUGGAGAUGGUAUUGACAAUGUAAGAGGGAGGGUCCUCGGUGGCACGAGCAUGAUCAAUGCCGGGGUCUACGUAAGAGCUAACACCUCGUUCUUUAAUCAAACAGGGAUUGAAUGGGAUAUGGAUCUGGUUAAUAAGACAUAUGACUGGGUUGAAGACACUAUUGUGUUCAAGCCGGAUUUCCAAUUUUGGCAAAAUCUUACAGGAACUGCGUUCUUGGAGGUUGGUAUUCUUCCAGACAAUGGAUUUAGUUUGGAUCACAUAGAAGGAACUAGACUCACCGGCUCAACUUUCGACAAUAACGGAACCAGACAUGCAUCUGAUGAACUGCUUAAUAAAGGAGACCCAAACAACUUGAAAGUUGCAGUUCAUGCCGCAGUAGAGAAGAUCAUCUUCUCUUCCAAUUCAUCAGGUGUGACAGCUAUAGGAGUAAUAUAUACUGAUUCGAACGGAACGACUCAUCAGGCAUUUGUACGUGGUGAGGGAGAAGUUAUAUUGAGUGCAGGGCCAAUUGGGUCCCCUCAACUUCUACUACUUAGUGGUGUUGGCCCAGAGUCUUACCUAACAUCUCUGAACAUUUCAGUUGUUGCUUCCCAUCCAUACGUCGGGCAGUAUAUAUAUGACAAUCCUCGUAAUUUCAUUAACAUUUUGCCCCCAAAUCCAAUAGAACCCUCAACUGUGACCGUUCUAGGCAUUACAAGCGACUUCUACCAAUGUUCUCUAUCAAGCUUGCCAUUUUCUAUUGCACCCUUUAGUUUUUUUCCUAUUCCAACUUAUCCCCUGCCAAAUACGACUUUCGCUCACAUUGUUAACAAAGUUCCGGGACCAUUAUCUCACGGUACUGUCACGCUGCAAUCAACCUCUGACGUGAGAGUCGCUCCAAAUGUCACAUUCAACUACUAUUCGAAUUCAACUGACCUUGCUCAUUGUGUUAGCGGCAUGAAGAAGAUUGGUGAAUUCUUGAGCUCAGACGCAUUAAAACCAUAUAAAGUGGAAGAUUUGCCGGGCAUAGAAGGUUUUGAUAUUUUGGGAAUACCUUUGCCAGAGAACCAGACAGAUGAUGCAGCCUUCGAAACAUUUUGCCAAGAGGCAGUAGCGUCAUAUUGGCAUUACCACGGUGGAUGCCUUGUCGGGGAGGUGCUUGAUGAUGAUUUCCGUGUUACAGGGAUCAACGCAUUACGCGUUGUUGAUGGCUCCACCUUCCCUUCCACACCAGCGAGCCAUCCACAGGGCUUCUAUCUGAUGUUAGGGAGGUACGUGGGCUCUAAAAUUCUGCAAGAAAGAUUAGCUUCAGAGGAGGCUCUUCAUAAGUCAACAAUCCAACCCAAAAUCUUGGAGUCGCUUGAGUCAGCAUUAUCCUUUGCUUUUGAUACUUAG